GUACCUGGCUCGUGGCCUGCUCGUGCUCGCGGGGAUCUUCCAUUCGUUCGAUCGGUGCGUUCGCUCUAGGACACGUCGCCUCUUCGAGCAGCGUUUCCGAUAUUCUCAGCAGGCAGUCGCAGCACACACGCUACUCUUGCCGACAUCCCGCCCGGUGCGUUUGCGCAGACACACGGCAUUUCAUUCCCAGAGAUUCGAUCGGCAGCGACGUGAGUCGACUGAUGCGCGACGUCGGACUGACCUACUGCCGGCUACGGCUCGCGGAGGACCUGCCCGUCCGCGUCCAUCGCCUCCUGCGCGCGGCCAUCGCCUUGAUGACAUAUCCCAAAGUGCAGAUCCUUCGGGACGAAGCGACGUGGAACAUGCAUCCUCGGACCAGGCGCGAUACGUGGGAGCUGCUGUUCGUGGUCCUGCGGUACAACGGAGUGUCCCUCACCAACAGCGACUUUGCGGAAGCCGAAGCCCUGGCCUACUGUCUCCUCUUCCUCCAGCACGGAGAGCCGCAUUGCGUCGACUCGCCCAAGUACAUCAAGGCUCAGUUCCGCAAUGGAUCUCCGACUCAGCAAAGGCGAAGGCUAUCAAGACACCGGCGUGCAGGCCCUCAUCCGCAAGGAGUCGCUGUCCCACGACAACGUGAUGGACAAGUCCAGGAGCGUGCAAUUCAGACUCAUCGGCACCUCAGAGAUGCACUCCAUUCUUAUGCUUGACCUCUUUUACGAACUGGAGGCGGCCAAGUCUAAGCUGGGCAUCGUAAAGAUGGGCCUCAUCGUCACCACGCUUGAAGACAUUCUGCAGGGGUGGAUAGGUUCCUUAGACAUCCUAUUUCACUUGACCUUCGUGCAGUGUUCUCCUCGAGGGAGCCGGGUCAUCAUCAUCACUGAAUUCAAAGCUCAAGCAGUUCAGACUCACGAAAUUGGUACCCAUCUCUUCAUAAUAUUAGGCACAAACGUCCACCUGAUUUUGGAAGCUUGUUUCGUCAUCUGGGUAAUCGUUCCUCCAAUUGUCUUCUGCAUUGCUGUCGCUGUCUUCUCCAUCGCAAGCAUCAGAACCAGGAUCGGAAUCAUAAGCGAGGCCCUGCUCGGAAGAAAGUAUUCGGUACUGAACCGACAAAACUCGUAUUCACCAAUGAAGUUGCAGUGGAUGUUGUUGAAGUAGAUCAUAAUCCUCAUCUACUUUGGUCUCCUUGGCAGCUUUUCGAGCCAUGGAGACAUUAUUGCACGGAAUUCCCGAAGCCUUUUCUUUUUCUCUGGGUCCUCAUUUUCUUCCGCGCCUUCGACUUUCAGUGAUCUCUUCUGAGCGGAUUUCUUCGGGAAUUGCCCGGUGUUUCAGCAGCAACUGCAGACGAUUUAAAGCCCAAAUUAACGCAAUUUCACCUCAUUCGUCAUUUAUUUUACGUGUUUUACAUUAAGUAAAAUUACAAACCAACUUAUUGAAAUCUGCCUGUAUCCACGGUUUCAUUAUUUAUACCUAUAGCGCAACAUUCACCAAAGGUCCGAGAAGAUUCAUUGAC